AUGCCUAACGAGGCUGAGUCUUCUUAUCCUACAGCUUCAAUUGGUGGAAUACUCGUGAGUCAGCAGGGCACAGGCAGCAGCAAUUCUCAAUCAGGCUGCGUGAGAGAACAUUUUCCCUCAGAUCACCACAGUUGCUCCCAACCCUACCAGAAGUGCCCAUUCGCGAUGGAUCCUGUCACAGUCGUUGGACUGGCGUCGGCCAUCAUCUCCUUCGUUCCUCUUGGUGUCAAACUGUUGCAGAGCGUGCGGGAGAUUCGUGAGUCCGUCGACGGUAGCGUCGGGAAAAACCAGACGCGAAAGGCCAUAGUGGAUGAGAUGCAAGCAGUCUCUCGUCGACUCAAGUCAGCAGUUCAAACUGGUGUCUUACCCGAGCAGAGAGGCCUUUACGACCUCGCGCUGAAAUGCCACGACUUAUCACAGAAGAUCCUCGAACUUCUCGAUAAGAUCAGACCUAAGAACAUCAGUUCUUUUGAAAGCUAUCGGUCUGCGUAUAGGGCUUGGAGUUGCGAAAGUGAGAUCAAGAAUCUGGAGAAACAGCUGAAUGACUGUCGGAGUCAGCUAGCAUUAGGGCUAGUGGAUAUUUCAAGGUAUCAAACUCCCCAAUAUUCUUACACUCUUGAGUUACAGGAUCUCACAAUCGUAUGUAGUCAAGAAUCACUAGGGUAUUCGAGAAAGCUUUUAGCCAUGGCCUUGGAAGAUGCAUCACGACUAGCUGAACUCCAAAGACACAUAGAAUCACUGGAGAACGGUGUACAAGUCGACCAAAUGGGCACCGAGGCUAUGAUUCAGCUGCAGCGUCUUCUGCAUCUUCAAAACGAAGCCCUCACCAUCAUUUAUCAGAAUCGUAUUCUUGAAAGCAUUAGAUUUGAGAGUAUGCACGAGAGAGAUGACAGAGUGCAUUACCCCCAUGAGCAUACUUUCAACUGGCUUGUGGAAGAACAUCGGACUGAGAACGAAGCAACAGGAUUGAGCAAAUCUGACAGCCUUGAGAUGCACAAUAUGAAGUUAAUGUCUAGAAAGCUCUUUAUGGGUUGGCUUUCUUCACCAGAGGGCAUCUUCCAUGUCUCUGGCAAACUGGGUUCAGGCAAGUCCACAUUAAUGAAACUGCUAUGCACACAUGAGCAAACUCGGAUUGGACUUGAGAAGUGGGCAGGGAACAAAUCCCUACUCAUAACUCAGUUUUUCUUUUGGAAACCCGGAACUGAAUUGCAAAAGCCUCUUAACAGUCUCUACCGAUCUCUGCUAUACGACAUACUUCAAGCUCAUCCUAAACUUACCAGAGAUGCCUUACCCAAUGUCUGGAAGGAGGUUGAGAACAGCCCUUGGCAGAUACAGACCAAGCUGGCUUUGACGAUUGAUGUUGCAAAGUCUGCUCUCGAACGAAUCAUAUACAAUAGCGAUUUGUGCGCUCCAAACAUUUGUUUCUGUUUCUUCAUUGAUGGCCUUGAUGAGUACGACGACUCACAUAGUCAAGACCAUCUUCAUCUUGUGAAUCUUUUGAAACAUUGGGUCCAGAAUUCGCAGGGGAGGCUGAAGAUUGUAGUUUCCAGCAGAGAUUACAAUGUGUUUCUAAACGGGUUUUCAUCGGAAUAUCGGCUCCAACUCCACAAACUUACAUGGUUCGAUAUGAGACUUUAUGUACGAGAUUCGCUAUAUCACCUUUCAGACUCGAACCUCAGGGAGAAUUUGCUCACAGCUAUUCCAAAGAAGGCGAGUGGGAUCUUUCUCUGGACAAUCCUGGUAGUCAAUGAAAUUCGGAAGAAGAUCGAAGACCAAAUAUCUCAAGACCAACUACUUCAGCUCCUUGACAGUCUUCCGCCUGGCCUUGAAGCGUUAACCGCCAUUGACAACCAUCUGACCUUCGCUCUUAUGGAGUUCUCAUUCCUCGAAAACUAUCAAAGAGACUCAAAUUUCUCUACCCAGGAGGCAUUCUUGUCCAACUAUGCGAGAGAGAUAGAUGAAGUGAGGAUACCUGAGGUUUACGAAAAAAGGCUGCGUGGUAUCUGCGGCGGCCUUGUUGAAUGUCACCAGUCCACCGCGAAGCAUUACAAAGGUUGGGGAAGCCUCAGCUUCACCCACCGAUCUAUUCCUGACAUGCUCGGAAAAGCAAAUCUCAAAGCAGAAAUACAGACGUACCUUGAAGGUUUUAAUAGUAUCGACGCCCUUUCUCACUUGAUCUUCGCAGUGGCACAGUUCAAGAAGAAUAAAUCGGAAGCUAGGCCCUCGUGCGCGGGCGUGACUUGGAUGCGGCUGGCGGCGAAUAUUGAUGAGCCUCCAUAUAGCUUCCUUCACUGCAUUUCGUCAUGGCUUGGUGAUCCAUCCCACGUAAUCCCUGAGCCAAAUUAUCUUCUAUUGCACCAUGGCGUUCAAGUAUUUACCAACCAAGGCCUACAAAGCUUGGUUCGAUAUGGAUCGAUCACAAAACGUGAGACCUUCAGCACGAUCUGCCAAGGAGCACUCAUAGGGAAUGUUGAAUAUGUUGAAUGGGAAUUUAAGAAUAGCCCCAAAGCUAUUGAUAAGGCUUGGAAGAGGGUGCUUGUUGCCAACGCCCUUCUGGACACCUAUCUUCGAGAUGGUCUGCCUAUCUCAGCACUGAGCUACUUCUUCAAAGGUGCUUUUCUGUCUCAGGAACGCCCUUACUUCGGCGUCAAUCACCUUCUAACCAAUGAACAACUAGAGGAUGCCUUCGCAGAUAUCUCCCACUCAUCUACGGGCUUAAGCUAUGCCCUCUUAGAAGACCUUACCGUUUGGGAAAGAUUUCUGGUCUCUUGCUUCCUAGGCUGGAUUGGUAUGAAAUAUCCUUUUCAUACUGAUCGGUUUGGGCUUGCUGUUGCACAGUUUCUCUUGCACGGAGCCCCUUCUGAGUUCCGUGUCGUUAUCGGGCGCCUUCAGCGCCUGAGAUUCCCCUUCUAUCUCAUGUUUCACUUUCCCAUGCCCAAUAGUCCAUUGUCAGUUGAGAUUCGAGAGGAUGAAGGAAUCUCAAAUGAGGUGAUCGAGAGGUGGGUUAAGUACGGCAGUAAGCCAAGCAUGUCUAUGUCACUUCGCAAAUGGAUACAGAUCGUGAGUCCGAAAAACAAAAUUGCCAUACUAGAGAUCCUAGGCACGGCCAAAGAGCGCCUUCCAGGCUCAAGAGACAGCGAUAAGGGCCCCCGCGUAUCAAACAGAACAACUCCACUGGUUACAAAGCUUCCAGUCGUGGUUAGUCCCAGUCCUUAUCGACAAAUGAGUCUCCAUAGAGUUUUCCCAGGUUAG